AUGAGCGAAUCAGAAAGAAAUAGUGAUUCAUUAAAAAGAGAUCAUCAAUCUAUUAACGAUGAACCAACUGCUGCUGCUACUGAUAAACAGAAAAUAAAUGAAAGCAGAAAGAAAAAGAAAUUAGAAAAUAAUCAAUCAAAACCUCAAUCUCUUUAUAAAGGAAGAUACACAAAAUGGAAGAAACAUAGUCGUUUGUUUGGUACAACUGAACAGGUAAAAGGUUUCUUGGUAACAUGUGAUAAAGCUAGAGAAGCACAUUCUAUUGGUGAAACAUUGAUUCUAUUAAAUGCUUAUGCAGAUCAAUUCUUCCCUGAGAUUUCAAAAACAACUACAACAACAACAACAGAUGAUGAUAAAAGUAAACAAAAAACUCAAAGUAAAGAAGAAAUCAAACAGUUCUUACAUUCUAGAGGUAUGGAGGUUGAUGAGGAUGAGGAUGAUGAAGAAGAUGAAGAUGAAAGUGGUGCUGGUAGCACAUCAACUGUGAAAGCAGCUAAAAGAUUCGAACUUAUCAAUGCUGCAUGUGGAGGAAUGUAUGUUAUCUCACUUCUACAUGAUACAGUAGAUCCUGUUGUUUUCAUCAGUGCCAUUAUUGUAGAUCUUCAUAAGAGAUUCAACAAGAAUCAAUCGGAUAACGAUAGAUUUAAAGAUAUCCUUACAGAGCCUGUCAAAGAAAUGUUGGCAAAUUCAAAGAAUAUCGAAAUACCAGAACGUUGUUUUAAUAUUAAAUUUACAAAUAGAUUAACACCAAUUCAAAGAUCUACAGUUGCUUCAAUUGAUACUGAUGUAAUUCCUGUAUUAAAGAGUUUGUUGGAGAAAUCAUUUAAAUCUGAUAAACCAGAAUCUUUUGCUAUUGAAUUAAGAUCUAGAAACAAUAUAUCUCUAGAUAAAGCAAACACUAUCGGAAAGUUGGCAGCUCUAAUUGAUUCACCACCACAUAAAGUAGAUCUAUCAAAUCCAGAUAAAACUUUAAUCAUUGAGAAUAUAAAGUCUGCAAUUACAAUGGCAAUAGCACCAAAUUAUAAAACAUUCUUUAAAUUUAAUCUAAAAGAGGCAAUUGGAAAUCAACCACCACAAUCAAAGCCAAAGCAACAACAACAAACAGAGAAACAACAACCAACUUUGGAAACAACUAAAGAAGAAUAA